GACAAAGUUACCAAAUGAGUUUCGGACUCGCGUCUGCUCCUCCUCCCGCCUCCUCCUCCACUUAAAAGUUAAAAUCCUCCAACAAAAGCAGCACCUUAGCUAUAUCACCACCUUACUCGGCGGCGCCUCUGCCAACCAACUCCUUCUCUGCCGCUUCUAUUCCCGGCGUCACCAAUUCCAAACACUGUAGUAUAUGGAGUUAGUUAACUGUAGUCUUGAUAAUUCUACUUGAAAACGUAUCAUCCUUUUCGAUAUGAUUAUCACAAGAUUGAUUAGGAUUAUCGGCUCAGGGACGGGCGCUGGGCGGGCGCCCCUCCUGCCCUGGCUCAGGGACGGGACUGUUGUUCUUCAGCAAUUAAAUAAAGCCUUAUCCAUUAAUCAACCUUUAACCUCAUUAUUGUUAAACCCCGGAUUGACGUGCUUCGGUCCUAAUUAUUCAUCCAAAUUCACAAAUGGGUUUUCAUUCAUUUUGGUGAGAGAAUUUCACGAUGGUAGACCAAGAGGUCCCCUUUGGAGGGGGAAGAAAUUGAUUGGAAAAGAGGCACUUUUUGUAAUAUCGGGUUUGAAGAGGUUUAAGGAUGAUGAAGAGAAGCUUGAUAAGUUUGUCAAAAAUCAUGUGUUGAGGCUAUUGAAGAUGGAUUUGAUUGCUGUUCUUUCUGAACUCCAGCGCCAAGAGGAGGUUUUUUUGGCCCUCAAGUUGUUUAGGGUAAUCCAAAAGCAGGACUGGUAUCAACCUGACGCCUAUCUUUAUAAAGACUUGAUUAUUGCAAUGGCAAGAUGUAAAAGAAUGGAUGAUGUGAUGCAACUGUGGCAAGACAUGAAAAAACAGGAGUUGUUUCCUGAUUCUCAAACAUAUACUGAGAUCAUCAGAGGCUUCUUAAGGGAUGGUUCCCCUGCAGAUGCUAUGAACAUCUACGAGGACAUGUUGAAGGCCCCAGAACUUCCGGAGGAACUUCCAUUUAGGAUCUUAAUGAAGGGUCUCCUACCUCAUCCACUUUUGAGGAAUAAAGUGAAGAAGGAUUUCGAGGAACUCUUUCCUGAGCGUUCUGUGUAUGAUCCACCUCAAGAGAUAUUUGGAAUGCGCUGAGGGGUCAAGUUAACGGCCUUACUGAUACUGAAGUAAUUAGGCAAUGAGCGGUCUUUUCUUUGGGUGGUAGAUAUUGUGGUCUCGGGAUGUUAUUCUAGGAUUGGUGAUGAUCUUAGUGACUAAAAUCCACACUCUUUGCUCCUUUACAUUUUCUCCCAAUGUGUAAGAGUUCAUACUCAGUAGUCCUGAACUUGCUCCUAGGGUGGUUUCUGCAAAUUAAACCUCAAGUUUGAGAUUUUCUUGGGAUGUGUUUCCUCAUCGAAAGCCUUUUUUUCUGUUGAUCUUAUCAACCAAAGGUUCUUAGGCUUAAAGGCAAAUCUGAUGUCCUAUUGAAACUGUAUAUUUUCAAUUACAGGACAAGUUGCUGCAUGUGGAGGACGAUAUAAGCUAGCUCUCUGAUCUGCUAAACUGUUUAUAAGCUAGCUCUUUCUGAUCUGCUUCAAAGACUAAAAAGCUUUAGAAAAAGAAUAAAUUGUUUCUAGUUUCUAUGUAACUAAUUUUUAUCCCAUGCUUAAUACGAGGAGAGGAAGAACAAAUUUGAAAACAACAAUAAAUAAUGAGUUUUGAAUUUAAUGUAACUAGAACUAGAACGUAGGAUGUCAA